UGCUUUGAUUGUUCGACGUUCAUGGUAAAAUUAUUGAAGUUAACCGAGUCAGUUAUAUUUUUGUGUUGUUGAAAUUUACCAUUGAACACUUGAUGUGUUCCUAUCAUUGUCUAUACCUUUUACAGAACUUUAAUUAUUUCUAUUGACGGCGUUUCCUUUGGCAAUCGUAAGGAGAGUGGUUAUGCUGGAAGUAUGCCGUCGUCGUCGCGGACGCGGGGCUCCGGCCGCGGCCCCGACGGGGCACUCAGGCCUCCGGUCAUAGCUCCCAUGUCAGAACGACAGCAGCUGGCCUUGGUGAUGCAGAUAUCGUCACAGGAUGCUCCACCAGCCGCUCCAUCCACUGCUGAAGAAAGGAAACGUACCAGGCAGCAGCGCAACGAGCGCGGUGAGACGCCUCUACACGUAGCCGCCAUCAGAGGAGACCAUGAUCAAGUGAAAAAGCUCCUCGACCAAGGCCAAGAUCCAGAUGUUCCAGAUUUUGCAGGUUGGACACCCCUGCACGAGGCGUGUAUAUAUGGCUGGUACCAGGUGGUUAUAGUCCUUGUCAAGGGUGGAGCCAACGUGAACGCGAAGGGUCUCGACGACGACACUCCCCUGCAUGACGCCACCACCUCGGGCAACUUGAAGAUGGUUAAAUUUCUCGUUGAGCAUGGUGCUGAUCCAUUUGUUAAAAAUGCAAAGGCUAAAAUGCCCAUCGACUAUGCAGCUCCUCAUAUUUACGAAUUUCUGGAAUCGUUAAAGGAUAAUAACUUGAGAGCCUCACACACGGGUCGGGCAAGGGAUGACAGUAGCAAGAAAGUUGGCAAUGCAAGUACUUGUAGUGACAGCAGCAAACGCAACAUGGACUGCCUAGCACAGGAACACUUCGACAACAAGGACUCUGCGGCACAAGACAAAGGCUGUGGACACAAUAAAGAUGAAGGCAAUCAACUUAGUAGUGGAGUUGUGUCUUCAUCUCAGGAUGAAGUAGCCGCAGGCCCAAAACGGCCAUUCACAGAUGAAGGUCAUGAGGCAGACUCGGUAGAAGAUGACAUUUCCAAACGCAAGAAGAGAAAGGAGAAUGAAGAUAAAGAGCCCAUGGCUAAACCAGCUCCAGUUCCACGUAGUGGCCCCGGACGCAUGCUUACAGGCACAAAGCCACCAGGGCCAGCUAGUAAGACUGGUGCCACUCCACUAGGAAAAGGUGCUAAUGUGCAGGGUGGAGGAAAAGGCAACACAGCGGGUUCCUCCACAGGAAAAGGCAGCCAGCAAUCUCAGGGCAAGGGUGGCAGUGUAGCAGGCAAACUGGGUGCUCAAAACCAGGGCAAGACAUCUGGGAGUGCAAAAGGUGCAACUAGUAUGGUUCCAAGUAAACAAGAGCGAAAAAGCCCAGUCGCCAGCCCCAAACCAAACCAAGCCAAGGAUGCUGAUGGUGACACUGAAGAUCAGAAAAACCAAGAAUCUACAGCGCCCAAGGUGCCGCCAUUAAAGAUAGUCAUACCAGGCGGCGCAGGGGGCUCUGCCAACAGAAACGAGCAAGAAGGUGAAGGUGGGACCGGGCAACGCGGCAGCGGGAAGGGACGCGGCAGUGUGGCGACGCUGCCGUACGUGCUGCCGUGCACCAGCGCGAGCGCCGCCGACGCCGGCCAGACCUCCGACAGCUCUGACGGCAACUCCGACGACAAGCGCCCGGGAGAAGGGGGCAAGGCUGGGCAAAGAGUCCUCCGUUCGCACAGGACGAACGAUGGAGAGAGAGAGAAGGACAAGGAGAGGACUUCCCCUCAGACAGGGAGCGAGAGUCGCUCCGGGACGGGUUCCACUCAAUCGACAUUGAGUUGCAACAAGAGCCCCCCGCCCUCGGGCUCUGGGCAGGAUAGCGAGCACGCUCCAUCUACAUCGUCUGGCGGGGUCAGUGGCCGCUCCGAGACAGUGAACAAUCCUGUGCCCUCAGUGGAGCUGCACCCUCGGAAGCGCAAGAUUAAGGCUUCUAAGGAUAGCCACUCGAGGGAGCCCGUCAAGACCGAGCCCACGCCAGACAGCACUGUGUCUCACAAUGUCACACAUUCCAACCCCUAUCAAAUGUACAUUCAUAUUCGUAAACAGAUUGAAAAUCGUCAGAAGAGCCUGUUUCCUGUGAAGCCUAAACCGCCCAAAGACUUUAACAAGUACUUGAUGAACCGCUGUACUUACACUCUGCAGAGUAACGUGAACCCGGAGCCACAAGUGGAGAUACCACACAACAUGCCACCACAAAUGGUCAGCGAAUUUACAGACCAGGAAAAAGAACGGACACGCAUGAGAAUCCAACACCUAGUCGAGAAAGAAAAACUGGUACUGGCUGUAGAACAAGAAAUUCUACGCGUUCACGGACGCGCUGAACGCGCUGUGAUAAAUCAGUCUCUUCCUUAUUCGGUUUGCACAAUGUUGCGUGACAAAGAAGUGUAUAACGUGCUGGCUCCAGAGCAAGAGGAGAAACGGAAUGCACAGCGCUCGCGGUGCAACAGCCGACAGAUCAACUCUUGGCUGCAGGAAGUCGAUGAUAAAUGGGAGAAAAUUAAGGAGGGCAUGCUUCGGCGUCAGAACACGGAAGCUGAAACAUUACAUGCUGUUCAAAAAAUGGGAUGGGAGUGGAAACUGAAAGAACUCGGUAUUUGCGACUACAAAACCACCCCUAAAAUCGAUCCAACUCACGUACCUCAAAUAUUUGUUUCGAAUUUCGACUUGCGCGCUUAAAAUUAAAUAUUAGCCUGGUAUCCAGACUGAUAAUAUCCUUGUUUAUAUAUUAUUGCUGUAUUUUUUUAAUAAUAUUGAAUAUAUAAUAUUGUCUUCGGUUACCGCGAUAGUUACUCAUGAAAUAAAACUAUGAAAACGGAUUAUAUCGCGUAUAUUGAAUUUAUAACACAUCCCGACGUUUCGAACCCUUUACAGCGUUCGUGGUCAACGGGUGACUGAGGAAAAAUUACAAAGUGCAAAAAUACCCACAUACUAAAAUAAUGAACAAUCAUAGACUAUAAAUUUUAAGGCUGGUUGUACAUGAAAAAUCGGUUCAUAAGGCUAGUUAUACACUACAAUUAUUUUCAAGUAAAGAUAUAUAUAUAUAUAUUUUUUUAUUCAUUGAGAAACAAACAGUCUUAAAAUAAACAUAUGCAACUUAGCUAAUAUAUAUAUAUAUACGCGAUAAAAACUACGCCGGCUUCAACCCUACACCACGGACCCGAAACACGGUCCACGACACGCACACGACACACGGACCCGGACGCGGACACGGACGGACGGACGGGUCCGUGGUGUAGGGUUGGAGCCGGCGUAGUUUUUAUCGCGUAUAUAUAUAUAUAUAUAUCUUUACUUGAAAAUAAUUGUAGUGUAUAACUAGCCUUAUGAACCGAUUUUGCAUGUACAACCAGCCUUAAAGUUUAUAGUCUAUGAUUGUUAAUUAUUUUAGUAUGUGGGUAUUUUUGCACUUUGUAAUUUUUCCUCAGUCACCCGUUGACCACGAACGCUGUAAAGGGUUCGAAACGUCGGGAUGUGUUAUAAAUUCAAUAUACGCGAUAUAAUCCGUUUUCAUAGUUUUAUUUCAAUAUUGAAUUUAUCAUAGUUGGACAUAUUAUUCUAUUGGUGCUAAAAAUUUAAAUUUAAAAUGAUAAUUUUAUUUUGACAUCAGCGCAGUUUUUCGCGUUUCUGACGGCUUUUAGUGAAUUGGAUAGCAUUUUAAUGUAAGAAGCAUGAUGCUGCAUACAUUUACUCUCCUUGGCUUUAUUCCCUGUUCCCGACGCCAGGCGCCAGGCGACCGGUCUGUACAUAGUGUACAUACAUGCUAUCUCGUACAUCUCCUGAUAGUGAGUCACUGUGUCCACAAGUAGAGUAGCCAGGUGUUAACUGCUACAGUACCACUCAAUAGGUUGCCUUUAGUUACUAUUACUGAAAUGCCACUGAUAUUAUAGCGAUUUUACAAUGAUCGUAAAUAAAACUAGUAUUUAGUAGUAUUUGUUAUCCUCAUUUUUGUGUUUGAAUUAACCAGACAAUUAACAAAGAAACGCAAAUUUUAUUUGCGUUCAUGAAAAGUUUGUCACAAGUGGUGAUGGCGCUCCACUCACACUUGGCCACUUAGAUUGUAUUUUUUUGUGAUUUGAUAUUUUAUAUUAUAAUAAUUUUUUUUAUUUUUAAGAUUUUGUAAGUAAUGAUCUCAUUAAUAUGAUACUUGAUUAUUACUCGUAUGAUUAAUAAAUAAAUGUAGAUUUUAAGGUAACUUCAUUCAUUGUUAACAUAAAAAUAAAGUAUACAAUUGACAUCAGACAUUGUAUUCUAGUCUAGCAAGUCCGUUCUAUUCAUUUUAAAUGUGUAGGCAGACACAUUGAAAGCCCAAAGUGUUAUUAAAAUAAUUUCUAUAAGGGACGCGAUAGCAUCCUUCGGACAAUGUUAUCGAAAUAGCUUACUAUUUCAAAUAAGCAGGCGUCUAUAUAUAUACUUAUUCAAUUCCAUAUUACUCUUUAACCGGUCUCUGAAUUUGAUUGUGCUUCAUACAUGUGGAAGCACAUUGCGAGCACUAACCGUAGGCAGUACUUUCACCCUUGAGUAGGCAGCCAUUAGCUAGAACUGGAAAUGAGCCCGCCAACCUGACGUCAGGUUGGCGGACGUCAUUUAUAUCUUAAAUAUCUCUGGAGUUUAAAGAGCACAUUGCUCCAAUUUUGGCGCACAUUUGGCACAUUGCUAGCACUAACUCCUGACGUAUACCGCAGCUCCAUUUGUUGAUGUACACCCGCCAUCCUGAUACUCACGAAUUUUAGAAUAUUUAAACGGGUAUUCGUUAUCACAUGUGAGUAGUGCGGAAUACUUAAUAAAUAUACUUACCAGCUUACCACUUAUUUCAUUAAAAGUAAUUCUGAUAAAUGUUUCUCAAUACAAUAUGUCAGUCUGUAAUCGAUUUUGUGUUUAAUAGUAACUUAUCUACGUGGGUACUAAAUUACUAUACUGUGUUGUGUGAAUGUGUCGUAAGCAUGGUUCACCGAAUAAUGUUUGGAAUGUGUUUAAUGACUGAUAAUUUGGAGUGCCCGCUUCUGUAUAUACUUUAUGAUCUUUGUUGUUAUCAAUGGAAUAGGUUAAGAUUCAUUUUGACUUCAGUACAAUCGCCAUCAAAUAUAUCUGAGCAACCGAGGUGCUCAAAAUAUCUGAACACGCACUAGCACCUUGACAAUAGAAUGUUCAGAUAUUUGUGAACACCUUGGCCGCUCUGAUAUAUCUGAUGGCGACUGUACAUAACAGGACGUACAUUUUUGUAACAGGACGAGAUGCUAAUAAAGAAUCAAUGUGAUUAAUAAGAA